AUGUACCGACUGGCAACUAGGACAUGGUUGGCGAUAGUGAUUGUACUAUAUGCGACAAGCUUCUUCUUCGGCACCGCUUCCGCCAGUCUCAUGGGCGGCACCUGUCCAGGCAGAAUGGGUAAUCGUGAGAUGUACACAAAAGUUGAUCGUGUUUGUGAGGACUGUGCUAAUAUCUUCCGAUUGCCAGUGUUGGAAGGCUUGUGUAGAGAUCGGUGCUUCUACAACGAAUGGUUUCUGCUUUGUCUGAAGGCUGCCAACAGGGAGGACGAGAUCGAAAAUUUCAGAGUAUGGAUCAGCAUCCUGAACGCUUGA